AUGUCUGCUAAUAUUGAAGAUGAGGAUGCUCCUCCGGAGCUCAUUGAUGUAUCUGCGAUGCCAGCAGAGCAGGUGUCAGUAGAUGAAGAACCGACAGCUCGAGUGCCCAUCACAUUGGUCACUGGGUACCUGGGAGCCGGAAAGACGACUCUGUUAAACUACAUCCUAACAGAGAAACACGGCAAGAAAAUCGCAGUGAUCAUGAACGAAUUCGGUGACUCAAUGGACAUCGAAAAACCAAUGACAGUAAACCAAGGCGGCCAGGAAGUGACCGAAUGGAUGGAAGUCGGCAACGGCUGCAUCUGCUGCUCCGUCAAAGACUCAGGCGUAAUGGCCAUAGAGUCCUUAAUGGAACGUCGCGGCACCUUCGACUACAUCCUGCUAGAAACAACCGGCCUCGCCGACCCGGGCAACAUCGCCCCAAUCUUCUGGAUGGACGAAGGACUCGGCAGCUCCAUCUACCUCGAUGGAAUUGUGACUCUGGUGGACGCAAAGAACAUCACCCGCUUGUUGGAUGAGCCGGCGCCGGAAGAGAAGGCCGAGGCGCAUGACAAGGAUCACGAUCAUGGAUCCGGCCCUGUGUUGUCGAUGGCGCAUAUGCAGAUUUCGCAUGCGGAUGUGGUUAUUCUUAACAAGACGGAUUUGGUUACGGAGGCGGAGCUGGAGGCUGUGAGGGAUCGGGUGGAGUCUAUUAAUAGUGUUGCUAAGAUUCAUGUUACGGAUCAUAGUCGGACGCCGCAGAUUGAGGGUGUUGUUUUGGAUUUGCAUGCUUACGACCAUUUGGCGGAUUUGGAUUUCAGUAAGAAGGGGCAUAGUCAUAUGGAUCCGGCAAUUUCUACUGUUGCAAUCGUUAUACCGCCAAUCGCAGCGGGUAAGGUUGAGCGCGUGGACGCUUGGCUGCGCUCGGUUUUGUGGGAUACGACGUUCCCUGUACCUGCUCAAUCAUCCUCGUCUGAGCCACAUCCAGACAACUUCGAGAUUCAUCGGUUGAAGGGCAUACUGUUCCUAGAUGAUGGGACAAGCAGGGUCAUCCAAGCCGUGCGGGAUGUCUUCGAGAUUCGAGAUGCGCAACCAAUAGACGAGGAUACGUCUAAAGAGCUUCAGUGCAAGAUUGUGUUGAUUGGACGGGGUCUGGGGUCAAGUGCAGAACCCUGGCGUGAGAGCUUGGAGUCUUAUUUGGCGUAA